AUGCUCGUGAGGAGCGCCUCCACGCCGGUCCUCGGCGCGCUGCUCCCCUCCGGCAGCCACUCGCCGGCGGCCUCCUCACCGGCCGUCCACUUCCCCGAGUCGCCGGCGGCCGCCUACCACCCGGCGCCCAUCUCCUGCCACCUGGCAGGGCCCGGGUCUGGGUCCGACCACGAGCGCUCGCGCGCCGGCAUGCGCCGCACGUGCUCUGAGGACAACCUCGCGUCUCUGGCCGGCGGCCGCGCGGACAACCACCACCACCUCCUCCCGCCGCCCGGCAAGGGCGCGCCCCGGGCGCGGCCGGUGCCGCUCGAGACCAUCCAGUCGUUCAGGGGCCGGCAGGCAUCCACCGACGACGAAGAGGAUGAGGACAAGGAGGACGCGUACGAGGUGGAGUGGGAGUUGCGCUUCGGCCAGUUCAGCUUUGCCGGCGGCGGCACCGGUAGCACCUACUCGCAGGAGCACCCGCUGUUCCUGGCCAGGGGCCUUGGCAUCGACCGCCUCGGCUGGAGGGCGGGUAGGAGUUGGUGA